CAAGAUCCGAUGUCUCAUCGAAUUAUUGAAAAGAGGAGAAGAGAUAGAAUGAACAAUUGUCUCGCCGAUUUGUCACGAUUGAUACCAACCGAGUAUCUGAAAAAAGGCAGGGGAAGAAUUGAGAAGACAGAGAUAAUAGAGAUGGCCAUUAAACACAUGAAAUAUCUUCAACAGGAACAUGGCAAUCCUUCAGAACAUUACAGACUGGGAUAUCAAGAAUGUAUGUCAGAGGCUAUGAGAUUCAUGGUUGAAGUCGAGGGUCAUUUUCCUCGCGAAGCAGUUUGUGUGCGAUUACUAAACCAUCUACAAAAACAUUGCGAGACGAUUUCCAGGGCACCUUCUUUCACUUCCAACAGACAUAGCUCUCUUGGAACAGAACACAUUGUACCUACACCAAACUCUAACGAACCAGUCAGGAACGGCACACCUGUGAAAGUAGCGGAUUACUCUGUUUCUAAAAUUGAACCCGAAACUAACAACAAUGGUGAUUCUUAUAUUGCCAGAUCGACUAAUCACCCAGUUGAGUCUGACUAUGAAAAACAUACAGAAAUCAACGGAAUGUCCUAUAAAUAUAAGACGAACAUUAAGCUCAGAUUUUCUCAGGAUGUUAAUGGUGGGCUUGAAGCUUCCAAGCGGCAGAAGUUGGAAAAUGGACGAAGAAACUCUCUCACAAGUAUUGAAAAUCAAAGUUCCAGCCACAGUUCUCCUCCAAGCAGCGAACCUUGCACCAGAAUCUCAGACAGCGAAAAUACACACAGGCGAUCCCCAUCAGACAGUGCUUUAUCAAUGAACAACAACCUAUUGAAGUUGGAACCCCCAAGAAACGAGAUGUUGCCCAGAUAUUCCUCUCCUAACAUGAAACACCUCUCAACUCAAAGUGACUUGAAACACAAUUUCAACAUACCCAUAUUUGUUCUGCAUGCAAAAGGCUCCUACUACGUACCUCUCACUAUCGACUACAAGACGUUACUCCCGUUUUUACAAAAUUACGACAUUUUGGAAGUUAUGCCCACAAUGCACGUGCUGCAUCCGGUCACUAUAAACGUCAAUUUUUCACCAAACUUCACCAACGACGUCACAAGUAAAUACAAGAAUGAAUAUAAUAACAAUUGGCAGUAGAUUUGUGUGGAAGUACUAAAAGGCUGUGAUGGUCAGGGGAAAUUUCAAGACUGAUAAAAAAGAUUACAUAGUCUGUAUAAACCAGGUAAAGUUUUUAUUUUGUGUAAUUCUUAUACACAAGUUAAUGGUUGAGAACUGAUUGAGAGUUGCAUAUUGUGGUUUGUCUGAUGGCAAGUAGUUUUUUUGCUUAAUUUUGUGUUACAUUUGGUGAACGGAAACGAUGAUGUCAUCAAUAUUUUGCACUCAAAACAAUUUAUCUCUGUUUUAUUCUCUCUCUUUAAGUACUAUAUAUUUAUUCUUAUGUCAUCGGUAAAACACAAUGGUGCAACAUGUUAUAGAAAAAGAUUUGUAUUGUGGAGUUAUGUUGGCAUUGUAUGUUGAAUACGUUUUUGGUAUAUUUCAUGUUAAGACAAAUUGUAAAUAGUUCAACUAUCUACACUAUAUAUUAUAUAUGUUGAAUGUUGUUGAAAAUGUUAAAUAUGUUAUUUUUAUAACCAUAUUUUAUAAACGGUACAUAAUUUUGAAUCGUUUUGUCCAGGAAAUAUGUACCUUGAAAGCAGAAAGUACCUGCUUUUCAUUUAUUUCUUAACAUACAUACAAGUGUUUUUUA